CGGCACAUGCGCAUUGACACAUUAACGUCACGUUUGACAAUCAGCGCUGUCAAAUAGUUGUCAAAGAGAAUUUUGAAAAAAUAUGAGCCGGUUUAGAAUAACAAUUAGGUGAAAAUGUACAAAGUUUUAAGGAAUGUCACGAGAUUUAAACUAACUGUCUCAACGAAAAUCCCAACCCUACGAACACUGUCAGUCAUACCCACCCCCGAGUAUAUUUUCAAGCGACACACUUCUAGUUACAAAUCAGAUAACGUUUAUUUAGUGGACGAAGAUGAUAGUUCGGGUAACGAAACAGGCAAUAAUAUCAAUAAGUACACACAAAGGACGCACACUUGUGGCGAAUUAAGAAUUGACAACGUGGGUCAGAGAGUGGUUCUAUGUGGCUGGUUGGAGUUUCAAAGAAUGAAUAAAUUUGCCGUCCUUAGAGACAGUUACGGCGCCACCCAACUCCUAGUCCCCGAAGAAGACACCAAGACGCAAAAAUUGUUACAAAAUCUCCCCUUUGAAUCGAUAAUCCAAGUCAAAGGCACCGUCUUGUCGCGUCCAACUGACAUGAAAAACAAGAAACAACCAACUGGCGAUAUUGAAAUUUUCAUCGAACACUUCACUGUUCUAAAUAAGGCCAAAGACAGCCUCCCCUUCCACAUCCGAGAACACCACAAGGCUAAAGAAGCCCUCCGUAUGCAAUACCGCUACCUGGACUUACGUUACCCCCUAAUGCAGCGCAAUUUACGCGUCCGUUCCGAAAUGCUCAUGAAAAUGCGCGAAUUUCUCGUAAACCACAGCGGUUUUGUCGAUGUCGAGACGCCAACUCUGUUCAAGGCCACGCCUGGGGGGGCGCAAGAAUUCAUCGUGCCAACGCGAUUCCCAGGCCAGUUCUAUUCCCUAGUCCAGAGCCCCCAACAAUUCAAACAAAUGCUAAUGGCGGGGGCUGUUGACAGGUACUUUCAAAUCGCACGGUGUUACCGAGACGAGGGGGCGCGGCCUGACCGCCAGCCCGAGUUCACGCAACUCGAUAUCGAAAUGUCUUUCACUGACUUGGACAACAUCUUGCAACUAGUUGAGGAGUUGUUGGGGCACGCGUGGCCCCCAUUUUUGGGACCUUUGCCCAAAAAAUUCCAAAGGAUGGGGUUCGGGGAGGCUAUGGAAUUGUACGGGUCGGAUCAGCCCGAUACCAGGUUCGGGUUUAAGUUGGAAAAUUGUACCGAGCUUUUGAAACUGAACGAAAAAUUCAUUAAUUCGGACGAUUUUGGGGCUUAUUGCAUUGUCUUCCCAAAAGAAUACGCCAAUUUGAAUAAGGGAGUGAAGGAAAAUUUGGAAAAAAUUAGCAAACAGUUUCCCCUUGUUAAGUUCGUUCAAACUAAAGUAGCGACACCUGGUGAAUUGGCGCCCAAACUUGGGAAAUUGUUGGGCGAUAACGUGGCGGCAAAAUUAGCCAAUCACGUGAGCGACGAUUGUGUUUUGUUUUUAGGUUUCGGGAAUAAAAAACAAACUCAAAGCUUGAUGGGAAAAGUUAGGCUUGAAUAUGCCAAUCAUUUGGAACAACUAGGUGUGAGUGUGCGUGCAAAAGGCAUGCACUUGUUGUGGGUGGUGGACAUGCCGUUAUUCGAACCGGGGGAAAGCCCGGGAAGUCUUCAAUCGGCACAUCACCCAUUCACAGCGCCGAAUCCUGAUGAUUUACUCCUAUUGGAUACGGCGCCUUUGCAGGUGCGGUCUUUGUCAUUCGAUUUGGUUUUGAACGGGAAUGAGAUAGGGGGAGGUUCAGUACGUAUUCAUGACCCCGAUCUUCAAGAAAAAAUUUUCCGGAUGUUAAACAUUGAUAAAAAUUCGAUGCAACAUAUUAUCGAUAUGUUAUCAUCAGGGUGUCCGCCCCAUGGGGGCAUUGCGCUGGGACUCGAUCGUCUCAUGUCGAAAAUUUUAAAUACGGCGAGUAUUCGUGAUGUGAUCGCGUUUCCCAAAACAUUCGAAGGUCGGGAUCCGUUGAGUGGGGCGCCGUCAGCUGUUUCCGACGCCGACUUGAAGCUCUACCAUGUCAAGAGUGUUGUUGAGUGAACAGUAUUUUACAUUUUUUACGAAUAAAUGGUGCUUUUUAGAUUGA